GAUGGUGAGCUUCAUUAAGAAAAAUGUAAGUCAAAGUGUUUUAAUAAAGUGGGUGUCUUUUCUUCUCUUCUUCUGUUGUUGCCACUCACUCCCUUCUCUGCAGGAGUAUGUGUUGACCUAUGUGUGUUCAAGAUGAGUGUGAACGAGAAAGUAUUACGAGUCAGCCAAUUGGAUGCAGUAGAACUAGAUGAUGAGUUAUCCAACAUCCUCCAAUCCCAAUUCCUAGACGUCAUCUACACCCUACCCACAACUCUGUCACUCCAUCGAAUAAAACCUGAACUCAAAGCUGCGGUACGAUUUCUUAUAUGGUCGUUCUCUAUAGAAAGUACUGGCUCAACAUUUGGGCAGCGGAUGUUGAAUCUUGCGUACAAUGGAAACUCUUCUCUUGGCCUCCGACACAAAAUUCCCCUGUUUUUAUUCUCUGUUCUUGGUAAUUGGAUAUCGGAAAGACUUGAUGACAUCACUCCGUUAAUUUCUUCCCAACCAAGAGAAGCUCUGCGAAUAGCCAAGAUAGUCUCAACAACCCUAAAAGGAUUGUCACUACUGAACUUUGUGUUGUUUCUACUGUAUGGCCACUAUCCCUCCAUGAGAGAAAGACUCAGUGGCUUAACAAUGACUCCCACUCAGCCACAAACACUUAGACAAUUGAGUUACGACUACAUGAAUCGGGAAAUCCUCUGGUAUGGCUUUUCAGAAUUUAUCUUUUUCGUCUUGCCCCAACUCAAUUUGUUUGCUCUCAAGAAUUGGAUGAGGAGAAAGUUAGGCCCUUGGAAAGACAGCAAGAACGAAGAAACUAAUUUUUCUGAGUGCUCGUUUUGUGAAAAGACAGUGACAAUGCCUCACAUCACAGACUGUGGACAUGUCUAUUGCUACUAUUGUCUGUGUGCAAACUGUUUAGCAGAUAGCAGAUUCCCAUGUGCCGUGUGUAGUAAUGUCAUUCUGGAAUACUCAGCUGUGCGUUUAUGAUUACUGAUCUCAUGAGCUAGUGUUGCGAGAUGCUUUUUAGUAUGCAGUAAAUCGCGUGCAGUAAAUUAAGUGCUAUACUCACAAUUAUUUUUAUUCUG